AUGUCGAAAGACAUAAGUCAACACGACGAUGCUGCAGAUGCGCCAGAUGUAGAAAAGCAACCCGUCCCGGAAACCGAGGGAGUUGGCGACACCAGUCGCGAGAAAGACCCCAACAUCGUCGACUGGGAUGGUCCAGACGAUCCUGCAAACCCGAUGAAUUGGUCUUCAGCAAAGAAGCUUGCGGCUAUAGGCAUCGUAUCCAUUAUCUCUUUCACAUAUGUUACAAAUGGGCCGUUCGCAUCAACCGUCAUCUCGCCGGCCAGCGCAGAUGUCAUGAAGACCUUCCAUUCCACAAACGAGACCCUAGGCGCCUUCGUAACCACUGUCUACCUCCUCGGAUACGUCUUCGGUCCCCUGGUGAUAGCUCCAUUGUCAGAGCUAUAUGGCCGCGCCAUCCUCUACAAUAUUUGCAACUUUAUAUUCCUGAUCUUCAACAUUGCGUGUGCGCUUGCGAAUAAUCUCGGCGCUCUUAUUGUGUUUCGACUACUCGCUGGUAUAGCUGCGUCUUGCGCCAUCACGCUUGGACCGGGGACGGUUGCCGAUAUGACGCCGGUGGAGAAGCGUGGACUGGCUAUGGUUGGUCUAUAUAUGGGACCAUUGGUCGGUCCAACCUUUGCGCCUCUGGCUGCCAGUUAUCUUGCCGAAGCCAAGGGUUGGCGUUGGAUCUUCUGGCUUAUAUCUAUUUUGGCUGGUGUUGUCUGGGUUGCUGCUAUGCUGUUCAUACACGAAUCGUACGCCUACGUGAUCUUAAAGUGGAAAACCAAGCGACUACGAAAGGAAACAGGAAACCAGCAGCUCCGUUCUGCUCUGCACACCGGCAAUACCCCAGGGGAACUCUUCAAGAUUUCUAUCGUGAGACCCCUCAAGAUGUUGUUCUUAUCUCCGAUUGUAUUCUUGAUGUCCCUUUACAUGGCAAUCGUAUACGGUUACCUCUACCUCUUAUUUACCACUUACCCUCGAGUAUUCCAAGGCCAAUACGGAUUCUCGAACGGAACCGUAGGAUUGGCGUACUUAGGUUCGGGGAUCGGGACUUUCAUAGGCUUGGUCUUCUGCGGCGCGACCUUAGACCGACUGUUAGUCUACCUGACCAAACGUAACGGUGGGAUCGCGAAGCCUGAGUAUCGUCUUCCAGUCAUGGCCAUUGGGGCUUUGUUUAUACCGCUCGCUCUAUUUAUGUAUGGAUGGACGGCAGAGAAGAAGGAGCAUUGGAUACUCCCGAUUAUUGGCACUGGAUUCCUUGGUAUUGGGAUGUUCACCAUAUUCAUGCCAUGCGCGACGUACCUGGUUGAUGCCUUUACCCUUUACGCUGCGUCUGUAACGGCUGCGUCAACCGUCUUGCGGUCACUUCUCGGAGCACUGCUCCCUCUGGCGGGCGGCAAAAUGUAUGAUGCCUUGGGAGUGGGAUGGGGAACGUCGCUUCUAGGUUUCAUUGCGGUGGCCUUCAUUCCAAUGCCUUUCAUCUUAUGGACAUUUGGCGAGCGCAUUCGAGAGAGCAGAUUCUCCCAAGUCAAGUUUUGAUAGGAUUGUCCACAGGCAAUGAUCGUAGAUAACACUGCAGGAGGCGCAGAUUUCGGCUGUAUAAACCAUUCAUAGAUUUUUUUUCCGUUCAUUUAAUAGAUUACUCCACUUUAUAAUUGUACAC